GGCCGGUGGCCAUUCUUUCUGGGGAUCAUAUAAGCGUCGGCUUCCGGGGCUUCUUUUCUUCCGAGGCACUCGUCCAGACCAGCCGCGGAAGCACCCACCGCUCACCCACCAAGCAAAGAAACACACGCGCAAGCGCGCAACGACUGCCUGCCCCGGGCGCUCGCGGUGGUGACCAUGGACGCGCCGAGCGCCACCGCCAAGCGCAAGCGCUCCUCCCCCGCCGCCGCCGCGCCGGCCCCCGUCAGCGUGGACGACGUAUCCGACGCAGAGGUCGAGGAGUUCUACGCCAUCCUGCGCCGCAUGCGCGACGCCUCGCGCCGGCUCGUCUCCGGUGGGGUCGCCGCGGCCACGGCCCGCGCCGCCCCGGCCCCGCGCGCGCCGGCCUGGUGCCCCAGCUUCUCCUGGGAGGACUUCGCGCCGCCCGCCCCGACACCGCCGCCUGCUCCUUCGCAGCAGGAGCAGCUGCUGCCCGCCGACGAGCGCGUGGCCGAGAACGCGUCCCCGCCGCGGCGGCCCGUCCCCCGCGGCCUGGACCUCAACGCCGAGCCGGAGCCGGAGGUGCAAGCCUAGAGUAGAGCCGCAACCCGCACGGACGACGAGGACCCCUGGCCUGGGCGCGCCCCCGCACGGACGGACGCGCGCGCGCGCUGGCCGGCGGCGACACUCUCCCCUCUGUACCACCACCCGCCGCCCGGCGGCCGGUGCUUUUUAGCAAACUGAUCACCGUCAUCAUUUGUUAGUUACCUUACCAAUGGUAACACGAAAAUACAUUGACGAAGACAAGUUUGGUGGUCAUCUUUAUUUAUUGGUAUGUCCAUAUCAUUUCUAUAUAAUGUGUGCUUGCUUCAUUUGGACGGCUUUAA